UCAGAGGGUUCAAUAACAACAGUUAAUGAUAAGGAAUGAGUGGGAGAUAAAUAAAGUGGUAGUGAUGCUUAGGAAGCUGUAAAACUAAAAUCUCACUGAAAUUCUCUUCUUAUUUCCUUCAUGGCGAACGCUACCACCUCUCUCCCUCUAUUUGAGAAAAUCCCUCGUAAAAAUACUAUACAGAGAGGGUUUGCUAUCAUUAUCUUCUUUCUUCUUUUUUUACUCCUUGUUUAUCGUCUCUACUUCCUCAACCAUUAUGGUUUCACUUGGAUCCUAGCCUUCCUAUGCGAGUCAUGGUUCACUUUCACUUGGGUUCUUGUCAUCAGCACCAAAUGGACUCUUGUGGACUACGACACCUAUCCAGACCGCCUCUUGCAAAGGGUACCCGAAGUUGAACUUCCCUCAGUCGACAUGUUUGUCACAACCGCAGACCCAGUGCUGGAACCACCUAUCAUCACCGUGAACACUGUACUCUCUUUGUUGGCAGUUGAUUACCCUUCCCACAAGCUAGCUUGCUAUGUAUCUGAUGAUGGCUGUUCUCCUCUCACCUAUUACGCUCUUGUCGAGGCCUCAAAGUUUGCCAAGCUUUGGGUUCCAUUUUGUAACAAGUACAAUGUUCAAGUGAGAGCUCCUUUUAGAUACUUUUCAGGUGAUGAUUCCACAACUGCCAGUGGCAGUGAUACUUCAAGUAACUUUCAACAAGAGUGGAAACGGAUGAAGGAUGAGUAUGAACAGCUUAGUGCAAAAAUCGAGGAUGCCGUCCAAAACCAAAACAUCGCGCCAUGUGAUUUAACAGUUUUCUCCGAAAUAGACCGAAAAAAUCAUCCAACCAUACUCAAGGUUAUAUGGGAGAACAAGGAAGGUCUUUUAGAUGGGUUGCCAGGUUUGGUCUAUCUAUCCAGAGAGAAGAGGCCAAAUCAUUCACAUCAUUAUAAAGCGGGUGCUAUGAACGUUUUAACCAGAGUCUCUGGGUUGAUGACAAAUGCCCCCUACAUGCUAAAUGUAGACUGCGAUAUGUAUGCCAAUAAUCCAAUGAUUGUUCUUCAUGCAAUGUGCCUCCUACUUGGCUCGAAUAGUGAAAAGGAAAUAGCAUUUGUUCAGUUCUCACCGGCUUUCUAUGAUGGAUUAAAGGAUGAUCCUUAUGGCAAUCAAUUUGUGGUUAUGCUUGAAUAUAUGGCACCCGGAUUUUCUGGACUGCAAGGAUUCAUCUAUGGGGGAACAGGAUGUUUUCAUAGAAGAAAAGUUAUAUAUGACUUACAGCUAGAUAAUAUAGAUUCGGUAAAUGAGGAAAUACUAAAAAGAGUUGGGAGUUCAAAGGAGUUGAUGAAAUCAGUUGCUCAUGCUUUGAAGGGAAAGACAAAUUCACCAGAUCAUCUUUCAAACUCAAUUGACACAGCAUACCAAGUUGCCGGUUGUGGGUAUGAGCAUGGUACUAGCUGGGGUAGACAGCUGGGUUGGUUAUAUGGAUCCACAGCAGAGGAUAUUCUCACUGGGCUAAGGAUUCAUAGUAAAGGUUGGAAGUCAGCUUUUCCAAGGCCCAACCCACAGGCCUUUUUAGGGUGUGCACCUUCUGGUGGGCCUGCCGCAAUGACCCAACAGAAGAGGUGGGCUACCGGUCUGCUUGAAGUUCUCUUAAGCAAAGACUGUCCCAUAUUGGCCACCCUUUUUGCAAAGCUCCAUUGGAGGCAGUGCUUGGCCUAUCUAUGGAUCCUCACGUGGGGCCUACGCUCUAUCCCAGAGUUAUGCUACGCUAUUCUGCCCGCGUAUUGUAUCAUCACAAACUCCCAUUUCUUGCCCAAGGUCCAAGAGCAAGCCUUUUAUAUAGCAAUAGUUGUUUUUGUCAUCCACCACCUUUACACUCUAUCCGAGUACCUAAGAGCUGGCCUCUCAGUCCGAGCUUGGUGGAACAACCAGAGAAUGGCGAGAAUAACCACAAUGACUGCAUGGUUGUUUGGAUUUCUAAGUGUCAUUCUCAAACUCUUAAGAAUAUCCGAGACAGUCUUUGAAGUUACAAAGAAAGACAAAUCCACUUCUAGUAAUGGCGCUCAUGAUGUAGAUGCCGGUAGGUUCACCUUUGACGAGUCCCCAAUUUUUGUGCCAGGCACAACCAUUUUAAUGGUGCACUUGACUGCGCUCGUUGUGAGCUUGUUAAAUCUGGAACCGCCAGCUCAUGAUGGGCUUGGUUCAGGGCUAGGCGAGGUCUUGUGUAGUGUGUGGUUGGUGCUAUGCUUCUGGCCAUUUUUGAAAGGACUAUUUGGAAAAGGAAAGCAUGGAAUUCCCUUAUCCACUAUAUGCAAGUCAGCUGCAUUAGUGUUAUUAUUUCUACACUUGUGUAGAAUGACUAUAAUGGGUUGAGACUUUGGUCAUGAAAUUAUUUUGUUUUCUCACAGUGGGUUGAGACUUUGUCCUUGAAAUUAUAAACUCAAAAUGGAUUGAAACUUUAAUUUAGAAAAUCAAAAGCUGUACUGAGUUGUUAGUCAUUGAAGUAGGUGAUUUAGGGUAUGUUCCUUCUUGAUGAGGAAGGUAUUUUUAAGGGUCAGUAUAGAUUUGUUCAAUCCACUAAGCUGGAAUAGGGAUUAAGUUUUUAUCCUUGGUUCAUAGCUAGGUUCUGAAUGGCCCUCCAAAGAAUCGUGGUAAUAAUUUUCUCUUA